CUUAUUCUUGACUCUCUCUCUCUCUCACACUCAGAGCGUCUGGUUGUGUGUGUGUGUGUUUAUUGUUGCUGUUGCGCGUGCCAUGCGUGACCUCGGCACAAAAAUGGCCGAGCUUAAAUUUGAGGCUCCAUUGGCGAAAUUCGAGGAGACGGACGAGUGGGGCGGCUGCGAUUUCAUUUCGAAUCAAAAUGCGCUCAAUCGCAAUAAUCUCAAGGAUGGCGCCAAUGCCAAGCAACAGCAGCAGGAUAAGCUGCGACUGCUUGAGGACGCAGUGCGUGAUGCACACAUGAGUAAAAAUGGCAGCAGCGGCGCCGGCGCCGGCGGUGCAACAACAACCGGCGGCGUUGGCGAUGGCGGCGACUUGAGUCCCAAUUGCAAUACGCAUAAUCUAACGGAGCUGGGACUGAGCGAUGUUGCCGCUGGUGGCGAUAAUCAGGAUAAGCGCACUAACGCCGACAAUGUGGACAACUUUACGGAAACAUUUGGCGGCAGUCUCGAGGAUUUGGUCAACACAUUCGAUGAAAAGAUAACCAAAUGCUUUGGCAACUAUGAGGAAAAUGUCGAGGAGCUGGCGCCAGUUCAGGUGCGCAGUCAGGAGGAGAUAAUGAACGAAUGCCAAAUGUGGUGGACCAUAACCGGAAACUUUGGCAACAUACUGCCCAUCGAUUGGUCCAAGUCGUACACACGUCAGAUGCACAUGCCGACACUGAAUCUGGGACAGAAUCGUUCAAAGCAGCAGCAGCUGAAUGGGCAAACGCCUGGCGAUGAGUUUAACGAUUUGACCAGCGAGGAUGAGGCGGUGGCCAAUGAUUUGGAUAUGCAUGCAUUGAUAUUGAACGAUAUGCAUGCCGAUGGCGAUGUCGAGGAGCCCAUUAAAACGGUGGAGGAGGUGAUCAAAGAGAUCGAUGACAUUAUGGAUGAGGCGGCAACGCCACUGGAGGAGCCAGAGACAUGCGAUUCGGAGGCGAUUGAGAAGGCGCGCGAAGUGCUGGGCGCUCCGCUCUAUGCUGAGAAGCUGCAAUACUUGAGCAGCGCUCAGCUAAACGAACUGCACAUGAAUAUGGAAAUGCUUAUACAGGAGCUGAGCGAGACGCUCAUCAAUGAGCUGGCGCUGCGCGAUGAGCUCGAAUAUGAAAAGGAGCUAAAGAAUUCAUUCAUUUCACUGCUGCUGGCCGUGCAGAACAAGCGUCGUCAGUAUCAUGUGGAGAAGAAGCGCGGCAAGUUUCAAGGUCCAGAGCCUAAGUACUUGACCACAGUCAUACCGUAUCAUCUGGAGAAUGGCACACCCAACAAUCAAUCGCUGCAGGUUUUGAUCAAAAUACUCAAAGCUAUAAAUGAGGAUAGUCCAACAGUGCCGGCGCUAUUAACGGAUUAUAUAUUAAAGGUGCUCUGUCCUACAUAAGCGACUUGUGCAUCUAUAUAGUAAUUAACGCAAACAUGAAAAACUAGUUGAUGAUUAACUAAGCUGCAAAAACUACCAACAAACAUUACAUUACUACGCUCUAUCUCUUUGUCUGUGUUUAUACGAGUAUAUACAUUAUAUAUGUACUUUAUGAUUAGUUUUUAAUUUUAUCUAGUUGUACUAAUCGCGAAACAGCUUCAAAUACAGCAUUCGAUUUAAUGUAUGAAAAUAUAGCAACAAGUAAAAGAAAACAAACUGCUUUUAUGUCGAGUAACUGCGUAACUGUUAACGUUAAAGUAUGUAAAAACAACAACAGAUAUAUAUAUUUGUAACGUUUAACUAUUGCUGUCUGGAUUUGUAACUAGAGCACGCAUUUUCCAAAACGUAAUACUCAAGCUAUUUGAAAUACUUAUUAACAGCAAAACACAAACACACACGCAUAUAUAAUUAAUAUAUAAACAAACAUAUGUAUGUAACAUAAUGGCAUAGUCAAUGUUGUUUAAAACGCAGUCAUCAGCAGCAGCUUCAUAAAUAAUUAAAUAAAUGUAUGUGUUAGCUCUAUAAAUAAGAAUUUAGAAAUUUACAAAACAUUUACUUGCCAUGCAACAAAACAAAACAAAUUAAGCAAAACUAUCGAUUUAAGCUACAGAUUGUAUAUUUUCGCAGCUUCAAGUUUCAAAGUAAUUGAAGUCUCUAUGUAAAUGUAAUUUAAGUUUCAUCUUUUUGUUGCAAGUUGUGUGUCUUACAUAUUUUUUUGCGCUAUAUGCUCACAGCAUCAGGUUUACAUAUUAAUAUGCUUGCAAUUUGUUAAAAAUUUCUUUUU